AUGGCGCCGGGGCCGGGGCCGGGGCCGGGGCCUGAGGAGCCGCGACCCGAGGAGCCGCCAGGGCCGGAACCCGGAGAGCCGAGACCAGAGGAGCCGCCGGGGCCGGGCCCGGAGGAGCCGAGCCCGGAGGGGCCGGGAGGAGAGGAGCCGGUGCCCGAGGAGCCGCCGGAGCUGGAGGGGCCGGGAUCCGGCGGGGCAGGACCGGAGGGGCCGGGACCCGAGGAGCCGUCGGGGCCGAGUCUAGAGGAGCAGGGACCGGAGCGGUCAGGACCCGAGGAGCCGGGACACGAAGAGCCAGGACCCAGGGGGGCAGAACCGGAGGAGCCGCCGGGGCCGGGACCCGCGGACCCAGGACCCGAGGAGCCCUCAGGGCCGGACCCGGAGCCAGCCCGCGGCCAUCCCGAGGGGCCGGCGGAGCCCCCGGGUCCCCCUGCACCCGCAGAGCCGCCUGUCCCCGAAGCCAGCGGGGCCCCGCCGGAACCCUUAGAGGAUGAGGUGGAGGAAGGCGGCGGCGGCCCGGCGGAGGAGCAGCGGGAGCGGGCGGCGCUGCUGGCGGAGCACCGCGAGCUGGCGAGCGAGCGGGAGCGGCUGCGGCCGGCCGGCGCCGUCCUGCAGCUGCGGCUGGGCGAGCUGCUGCGGCUGCGGAAGGGCGAGCGGGCGGCGGAGAGAGGCGGGCGGCAGGCGGCGGCCUACGGCGAGCGGCUGCGGGAGCUGAGGGAGCUGCGGGAGCUGCGGGAGCGGGCGGAGGCCGCCUGCGGGCAGCGGGUGAGAGCCCGCAGCGGGAGGUGCCGGGAGAGCGAGGCCCGGGCCGAGGAGCAGUGGGCGGCCUUCCAGCACAGGAAGAAGGCCCUGGCCCUCCGAGCCCUCGGCAGGAGGCUGGGCGGCCGGGCGGCGGCCGUGAAGGCGGUGGACAGCGUACUGGCCAAGGAGCAGGCCAAGGAGAGAGCGGUGAGGGAGGUCCGCGUGGAAAACAUCAAGGUGAAGCUUGAAAUCCAAAGCCUUGAAGCGGUCUUGAAAGCCCAAGGACAGCUGUCAGAAGGCCAGCGUCUUGCAGACUUUGAGUACAUGAAGAAGGAGAAUCAGAAGCUCAGCGAAAAGUUUGAUGACCUCUGUGGAGAAAUUCUGGAGCUCAAAAAGAAGGUAUCCACGGCAGUGCACAUUCUCAGCCAUUGCAGGGAGAAAUUACAGUUAGUGGAAGCUGAGAACCAGGUCAGAGAAGCCGAACUGACGGACAUUGACAUUCUCUUGUCACAGAAGAGAGAUUUCCUCACCAGAAAGAAACAGGCCAGGGACAGGCUGCGGGCAAGCACCCUGAAAUUGCAGCAGAAACGUGGCCUGGUUGGAAAUGAGGUACUGCUUCGGGACUUUGAGGAGAAGGUGGACACCCUGGAGUUGUUACGUCAGCAGCUGGAAACACUGAAACGUCACCACGCUGCCCUGAUCCUUACACGUAAGGAAAUUCAGAAAAAAGUCAGGGAAGCCAAUUCAUUUUUACCUUUUUAGGCAAAGAAAGCAUGGAAAGGAUAUACGCCAAGGAGUUCUCUGUAAUUCUCAUUUGUAACAUGCUUCUUUUUGAUAAAUCCUAGGGAACAUAUUACACGCUUACUCCUGAAAAAGACUUCUCUAAGCAGCAUCAAUACUUGGCAUUCAGUGAUUACAGUACUCAUUUCUGAAUCAAACCAUAUACCUAUUUAAAAAACAAACAAACAAACAAAAAUCUAGUCAAAAGCCUACACUUCUAGAAAAUCACCUCAGUGUUCGGCCCUGUAAGGCCAUGGCGCUAUUGUUUAAGCAGAGCACUUACCAUGCUCUGAUUCAAAUCUUGCCUCUACCACCCCCCACUAUGGUUCUUGCAAUCUAGUAUCAACUUCGUCUGUAGGAUAAACCUACCUGCCUGCUAGGCAGGUCCUGGAUUAAAAAUAACGAAUCUUAAGGGUUACUUUUCACAGAUGUGGCCGAGAACUGAACAGAAGCAUACUGUGAAAACCUAGCAUGACUCGCACACAGCCAAAACGCUGCAGAAGCACCAAGUCCCUCACCCAUUCUGUAAAUAUGGUUGGCUGCAAAGUUUGUCUUGGUGGUGUUCAAGAAGAAAGGCUUACUACUUUAAAAAUACACAUCAGUCUUAUUCAGAACUAGAGUUCUGGUGGUGUUUUUUUUUUUUGUUUGUUUUAUUUGGUCUUUCAGCUUUUACAGCCCAGGGGAUACUCAGCCUUGUGUGUGACACGUCAUGGUGUGUCACAGCGUGGGACAAGGUAUGGAGCAGCAUAAACCCAUCACCCUUUUAGUCCCCUCUGCACUGUUCAACUCGUGUCAGAGUUCCAGAAGAAAAAGGGGGUAAGUUUUCUCAUAUAUGCGUGAAUACAGCUCACACAGCUUUAGUUCCAGGAAACAGCUUCUGCUUUCAAAAUAGCGUAUUCCUGAAAUUCCCACACAACUCAUGAAAACAGCAACAAGACUUAUCUACAUCCUGCAGCUCUUGCUGCUGCGAGGGUAGCAUCGGUUUUCACUAGGGCAUGGGAUGAUGUCGAGGAUACAGAAACAUCUCAGGCCCGUAAAAUGUCCGAGUUGUGAUGGAGCACGUUCUCAUUCCUGAAAGACCUGCAACCAACCAGCUGAUGGGCAGCCCGAUUAUUGCGUGAUUCUUGAACCUAUUUGAUUGCUUAUUUCCAUCCAUUUCUCCUUUGCUUAGACAGACUAGCAUCUUUUAGUCAGAAUUAGGUAUUGAAGGCCCAGCCGCAAAUCUCCCAAGGCUGUGAAUUUUGCAGCCAAGCAGCUACAUCCCAGUGGGAAAGAGUAGGAGAGGAGCCUUUUGGUCUCCCACCACAGGCUGGAACUACACCCUGUGGGACCAGCAUUGCUAAGCUGUACUUGAGCUGUGGGUCCCAGUCCCAAAGUUGCAUACGUGUUUACACACAGCACACAGGGCACUGAAUACACUUGCAAGGGGAUAAAAGUAGAUAAGCACGUAAAGACAUCCCUAGCAAUGCCUUAUUCCUUUUUCUUUUAAAUGAAAUAGGUUUUCUGAACUUUCUAGUUAUUUAAAGGCCAAAACAUAAUUGAAGUUAGUACACUAUUGAAACUUACUUUUUUUUGUUCAUUUUUGUCACAGUGAAAUGGCAGUCUUCAAAGAGAUCAGUGGUUUCUUACUUUGUGCAGUCAUGCUGAGCAGGCUGGUUAUAUUCUUCUAAGGUCCUGCCAGUUUUGCUGAACUAUUCCAUGAACAGA